GUCAGUCUCUCAAGUAACUGACAGCAACACAUUCUAUUCUUUGAAUCAACAUCAAGAGAGAAAGGAAUUUCCCUGUUCAGCAGCAGCUCCUCACUCGUUGGCAUUAUCAGAAAACAUGUGACAGAGCCAAGAAUGAAUAAAAUCAGUGACGGGGACUUAUCUCAGUCUUUUUGGGGCUGUCGGAGGCAGAAGACACAUGUGGCUCCUCUGAUCCUGACCCAGAGCUGCUGAACAUGAGCCGGGCCCUCCUGCUGCUCCUCUGCUCCCUGCUCUAUGGUAUUGGAUCCCACAUGAACAUCCAGGAGAUAGUGGCUUAUGAAGGAAGUUUGAUUCUCUUGGGAGGAAGACCUGACUUCAAUGAGCAAAUGGUGGUUGAUCUAUACAAAGACCUUACAUGGUUGGGCACGUACCAUCACGGAUUUCAAUGUGCCAGUCAGUAUGAGGAACGUCUAGAGUUCCACCAAGAGAAUGGCAGCUUCUCAUUGAGGGACCUUGGGGAGAACGACCACGGCACAUACACUUAUGAUGUGCUUCAAAUUAUAGAUGGGAAGAACAAUAAAACCCAGGUUAAGAUUCAUGUGACUGUGACAGAGAAAAAGGCAGUGACUGUGGAGCCAAGUGGGAUAUCUCCAAUUAACCAGAGAUCUGUAACCAGCACCGACAGUACCAGUACCAACAGCACUAGGACAAGCACAACAUUUAUUUCAGAAUUUACUGUGAAUGUGAUGGGGCAGGUAUGUGUCUGGCUGUGCUGUGUGGCGCUCCUCCAUCCACUGCUAAUUCUCAUCUGCACCCUCAUUAGAUGCCACCCAAGGGGGAGGAGGCUCCCGAAGUUCUGCAAUGAGUUGAUGGAAACCAUGGGCUCUUUGUCCCUAUCCUGUGUCUUUUUCAGCUCAGUCUUCUGGCUUUUCUAUGAUAAUGGGGCUGGAGGGACUAUGACUUGGUGCCUUAGUGUCAUCUCCAUAAUCCUCAUUGCUGUGAAUGCAUCUCCGGUGGUGAAGUGGUGCACGACUCCAUAUGGACCUGAAAGUUCUACGUUACCCUUCUGCAAUGUGAUUGAUACCAACACAAAGAGUCCACUCACCCCUCGGCUCUGCGGAUAUUUCAGUCUCCUGCUGGUGGCGCUGUUCUCCCUCUCCACUAUUCUUGGCUUUUACCUGACAUGAAGAAGAUGGGGAUCAGCGUAUGGAGAGAGGGGACAAAACAACGGACAGCAAGUGCAAAUGAAAUGUAGAAAACAGACGAUUGACAUGAAAUCUCCAGUGGGCUCUGAGAUGCCUUUUGUUUUUUAAUAUGUUUGGCAGAGUGUGCCCCCUGCUGGUGAGGGGCUGCAGUGUUGGCUCUUCCCAAGGACAGUCUGGGAGAAAAGAUUAUUAUUCCACUGAUUAUGUGCAGGGAAACUAGAAGAACCUGCAGUUCCAAACCUCCCACCAUUGUACAACAGAGACGCCAAGCGUUGGGAGGGACAGACGGCCAGAGACAGACGUGUGACGACUGAUAUAAAACGACAUGAAACAGAACAAGGCAAAGUCCGUUACGAAUGAAUUGAUAGAGUCAUGAGCGAAUCACAGAGACGGGAACCAUCAUUUUAUUACACUGCGUCUUAUGUAUAAUAUAAUGUAUGUUAAUUCAUACAUCCCAACAUUUUGGAAAUAAAUAGAGGGACAAAAAAACAAGUAUGAUGUCAUGUAUGCAAAAGUGGUCAUUAUCCUCCCGUUUAAAAGGAUUCUGUGGAGGGGAGACUGUUAGCCUAUGAGUAAGUGCCCACCUUUGGCACGAAACGCGUCAGG